CUCCCCAGCAUCCCCGUUAUCCCCAGCAUCCCCAUCAUGGCUCGGGGAAAAGCCAAGGAAGACGGCGGCUGGAAGAAAUUCAUCUGGAAUUCGGAGAAGAAGGAGUUUUUGGGGCGCACCGGAGGCAGCUGGUUUAAGAUCCUCCUGUUCUACCUGAUCUUCUAUGGCUGCCUCGCCGGCAUCUUCAUCGGAACCAUCCAGGUGAUGCUGCUCACCAUCAGUGAGUUUGAGCCCAAAUAUCAGGACCGAGUGGCUCCUCCAGGAUUGACCCAGGUCCCGCAGAUCAUAAAGACUGAAAUUUCCUUUUCGGCCAACAACCCGCAAAGCUACCAUGAGUACGUCAACGGCCUUCAGCGGUUUCUGACGAAAUAUGACGAUGCCGUUCAGAAUAACAAUAUGGACUUUGAAGACUGCCAGAGUACCCCAAGUGACUACAUACUGCGGGGAGCAAUUAGCGAUGAACAAGGGAAGAAGAAAUCCUGCCGGUUUAGGCGCGAGUGGCUGGGAAACUGCUCUGGAUUGAAUGACACGUCUUUCGGCUACAAAGAGGGCAAACCGUGCAUCAUUAUAAAACUCAACCGAAUUCUGGGCUUCAAACCUAAGCCGCCCAAAAACGACUCCCUGGACAAGGACAUCACGAUCAAAUUACAUCAGUACGUCCUGCCUGUCCAUUGUGCUGGCAAGAGAGAAGAGGAUAAAGAGAGGGUCGGGACCGUGGAGUACUACGGGUUGGGGGGCUACGCUGGCUUCCCCCUCCACUUCUACCCCUACUACGGCAAGCUCCUCCAACCUAACUACCUGCAGCCCUUGCUGGCGGUCCAGUUCACCAACCUGACCACGGACACCGAAGUGCGCAUCGAGUGCAAGGCGUACGGGGAGAACUUCGACUACAGCGAAAAAGACCGUUUUCAGGGACGCUUUGAUGUAAAAUUUGACAUAAAGAGCAGCUGAUCGCCAGCACGACCCCCCUCCCCGCCCCCGCCCCCCCCCCCCCGCUCUAGCCAUUUAAAAAGUUGAAAAAAAAAAUGAUAAAAAACAAAAAAACCUACUAGUCUUGAACAAACUGUUAUACGUAUGGGACCUACACUUAAUCUAUAUGCUUUACACUAGCUUUCUGCAUUUAUUAGGUUAGAAUGUAAAUUUCAAGUGUAGCAAUAGCAACGAAAUAUUUAUUCUACUGUAAAUGACAAAAGAAAAAAACGAGAAAAAAUUGAGCCUUGGGAACGCGCCCAUUUUUACUGUAAAUUAUGAUUCCAUAACUGACUUGUAGUAAGCCGUGUUUCUGGCCCCUAAGUAUAGCUGCCUUGUGUAUUUGAUUUAGUGUACAGUACUCUAGGUGCAUACUCCGGUCAUUUUUCAAGCCAUGUUUUAUCGUAUCUGUUUUCUACUUUACGUGAGCGAAGUUUGCUGUCCAAGGUGUAAAUACUCGGUGGGAAUAAAACUGGCAUGGAAUCCUUUUCUCGUUCUGCUCUUUCCGAGAGGAAGGCCCGCGCGUGAGCCGAUCUCACCCACACUCCAUAGGGCCUUUUUCCCGUGACGUAAGGUUUAUUUGGUUUGAUUUUUUCCUUCUCUUCUGGGGCCGGGGGUGGGGCCGGGGGUCUGGGUGGGGGAGGGAGGGGAGGAACUGCCUGUUGACUUUUCAGUAAAGCUAAAGAAACAUGGUGAUGGCUUGUAUUGUGCUUCGUAUUGGAUGCUCUGUCUCUCCCCAUCUCCCCCUCCCGAUCUCCGCCGUCCAGCGAGCCGUCCCUUUGGGCCAGAGGACCUGGCUCGGGGCUGGGGGCUUACCUUGGGUGGCAGGGCGGGUCCUUUUCGCUUUGUACAUUUUCUUUUCCUUUCCCUCUGGAGGCAUCACCCGCUGGUGCUUGUGUCUUUAUGAAUGUUUUAACCAUUUUCAUGGUGGAAGAAUUUUAUAUUUAUGCAGUUGUACAAUUUUAUUUUUUUUUUCUGCAAGAGAAAGUGUAAUGUAUGAAAUAAAACCAAAGUCACUUGUUUGAAAAUAGAUCUUUAUUUUGAACUUUAUAAAAAGCAAUGCAGUCCCCCCUAGACUGGUGUUAAAUGUCGUCUGAAGUGCAAAAAUCUCUGUUCUAACAUAUGUAAUAAUUGCCAGGAGUACAGUGCUCUUGUUGAUCUUGUAUUCAGUCAGGUUAAAACAUUGGACAAUAAAUGAAUGAACACAUUA